UAAUUAUAACAAUUGUAAUAAUUAUUGGUCGAGCAACCUCGAAGCUCGAAGUCUAACCCAUGUCCAAGACAUAUAGUUAGCCUAUGUCUCUCACCCGAGCGUUGAAUUGUCGAUAUGAUGGUUAAAUCGGUGUGAAACUAACAUAUCAAAUUGGGUUUAACCAUAAUUGGUCAUCCUAUAGGGUGCCCAGUUUAACUUUAAUUGGAUAUGGUGAAACUUAGUCAAAUACGUUAUACGUUCAAACCUGUAAGUUUAACUAUUUGACGAGAAGAUUGAACCCCUACCAUAAGAACGCCUUAUAGCUAGAUGGAACCCAGUAUGAAACCUCGGUGUGGACGGUGGGUAGUAACCAUUGAAAGGAGCUCAGUUCUUAAAGCCCAUAUACGUGAGCCUAUACCGAGGUGACAAUGGGGUAGGUAGGGCAAACUCGGAAGCGUGUGGAUAAUCACGAAGGCCCGCGGAAAAGAGCUCACUAACCACAUUCGCUUAACCCAACAUUUUCAGACAUUUGCAUGAUAGACCUAAGCUAGGGCGAGGGUUAGUUCCCCGUUGUACCUGCUUUUGUCCAUGUUUAUUCUCUUUACUAGUUAUUUCACUCGAAUCCUCCAACACAACCCAUUAAACCCAUCAUCUAGAUAACAACAACGUGGGAAGUAUGCUAGGGUAUCGGAACCCGAGUGAAUACAACUUUGAUUUCCACUAUAUGACAACGCCAUUUUAGGUUAAACUUGGCAUAGAAUGUUGUAGUUAUUGAUACGUACAAACUACUGAUAAUGACAUGCACGGAAUGAAUCGAUCAAGCUUUUUGGCGUUGUUGCCGGGGAACCUCGGUAACUAGUAGAAAACCACCGAGUUGUUAGUUUAGUCUUUAUUUUCUUUGUUUGUCUUUAUAUAAUUUUAGUAGUUUUAUUAUUUUUGUAUUUUGUUAUCCAACUUUGUACGUCACGGAUUGUAUAGUUUUUGUGUGUUUUUAGACUAUACAUCAUGGACCGAAAAGAGUUGGAAUGUAUUGUGAAGGGGAUUAUCGUUACACUUCUCCAAAAACCUUGAUUCUAGGGAGAGAAUGAUGAAAGUGCUCUCGAUCAUAUGUCAUAUUUCUUAAGUGUUGCCAAAGCUUUGAAGAUACCAGGGUACACUUAGGAUCAAAUUAAUGUGUAUUUUCUUUACUCACACUCUGCGAGGGUAUCCCGCCAUUUGGUAUAAGGAAUUUCAAGCAAUAGUCAUUAUUUAGAAGAAUGAUAUUGUCACCUUCCAACAAAGAGUUCAAGAGAAUUUCCAACAGGCCUGGGAACGUUUUGGUAUUUUGACACAACUGAAUCUGAAUCAUGGGCAUUCAGAAUAUCGUCUUUUUCAAUGGACUCCUAGAGAAAUACAAGGCGAUCGUCGAAAGGAGGUAUCCAACUGGAUUUCGAUAUAAUGACCUCAAGCAAGUGAAGGAACUAUGUAGUCAAAUAGAAGGGGAGGGAGCUAGCAUAUCUAGAGAGUCAGCUAUUCAGAGGCAUAUCUUUGAAAUUAGCAGAGAGCUAAAGGAACUCACGAGAGAGGGCGAAGAAGAUUGACUCGGGUAGAACAAGUCUUCGCACUUAAUACGAGGGUACCUCAUGGGACUAGCCCCUUCCCUCCACCUCUAGAACAUCCUCCAGAUCACACCACUGAAGAACCUUGUGGGUCUUGCCAGGAGUUGAAGCAUCGAUUCGAACGUCUGAAAGAAAGAGUAUCAGAUUGGGUAUCAUUUUGUCAUCAACGGAUGAAUGAUUUUGAUCGAUUCGUUCACGCCUCUAUAGUGCAAGUGAAUUCCUUGAGGGCAGAAAACAAGUUGGUCGUGGACACCCUAAAGAUUAUGUCUACCUCAGUUAGGGUCCUAGAGAAGAUUAUAACCGAAAGGAAAAACAAAAGCCUCACAAGAAGCAAGGUGAAUCCUCAAAGAGUGAGUUGACCAUUAUUUCGGAGCCCAUGACUGUCAAUCCAAAUGUGAAGUUUGAUCUAGGGAAGAAGGAUGACGUAGCCUGAGAGGUUUCACUAACAAUUUCAAAUUCAUAUAAUCACCAAAAUAUCUAACAAUCAUUCAAACCAUCUCACAAAAGAAAUCAUAAUUUUUUUUCAAUUCAAGUUAAAAAUUACGGUGACAAUAGGUAGCGGAUCACGUAAAAUCGACAAUAAGGGUGGAAAAUGAGAAGAUGAAACAUAAAUAAAAUUAAUAAUUAUGGUUUGAUGGUCUUGAUUUAUAUCUAAGUAUUUUCUUAAAAAAAAAUUGGUUAAAAUAUUGGAACCAGUGAAGCAGUUAAAUCGUGGUGUUUCAUCUGGCUUUAUGUUGAACCGUGAAAAACGAUUUGGUCCAUCAAUAACCAUCCAAUCAAUGAACCGAACCGCAAUCGUAAUUGGUUUUGACGGUUCCACUAACCCAACCAUUGAUACCGUUCGGUUCUUAUAACCAAUACUUGCAACCAAUUCAAUUUUGAGACGCUUGGUGCAUGAACAUCACUUUUUUUUUUGUGUCGAUUGUAAGUUUGUAAUUAACUGAGCCAUCAUGAAAGAAGUGACGCUUGACUGAGGUUGCGAGACGUCACGUCAGGUGUCUGUUAGCUUAGCUCCCCCAUUUCCAGAUAUUAUUAUUAUAUAUCAAAAUCGCUGGUCAGAGAUCGAGUGAUGAGGUGCGAAAUCUGACCCCACGACGCGUUUAACAAAACUUUCCCCUUCUUUUUCCUCCCCCCGUUUUUUGUUUUGUUUCAUUCUCGGGAAGUAAGAAAAGAAAUUGUGCUCAUUUUCUCCAUUUUUAUAAUAAUUUUCCAAUGAGAAACCGCGCUCGCACCACUUGUCUGCAGAUGAAGCUCGAUGGGGAUGGAAAUGGAAUCACAGAACCAGUACUGCGGUUAAUUUAAUCACGUGCUCCAUUUAUUACUAUUCAAAGGACUGGACAGAACUGUUAGUGUUGUGAUAUAUGAUCCACGAUUGAACCUUUCCCAACAACUCGAGUUAUUGGGACCAACUGAUUUAUGACAAGAACGACCGAUAGGGUCAAUGGCUCGCUUUGGUCGGAAACGAAACGACGCAGCACCGGCGGUAUACCGAAAGAAGCUGCAACUGCUGAAUGCGAUUGAGAGCCUCCUCAACAGUCAACAACCACAACAUAGCGCCAAAAUAUCAUAAGCCCACUGCACUCCGGCCUCCGCCCAUUUGUUGUGCGCCAAUCGACUCUUUUGAGUGGUUUACAUUGGUCAGAUUAAUUCAGGUUUAGUCAUCUAAUCAUUCAAUUCUUGUAAUUUCGGUUUUGAGUGUAUUAAAUUUAAGGCCCAUUUAAAAAAUUAGAACCCUAUUAUUUAUUUAUGAUAGGGUUUGGUCGGGUGAACAAUAUACUUAUAAAUAAAAUAUCAACUCAACAUUGAAAAACUUCAACUAUUCUACACCACAAAUGAAAUAUUAUAUAACUAAUUAACACUUUAAAGACAA